UGGUUAACCCCUCGAUUACAUCAGCGAAGUUCCCCUCAAAAGAUUGGUUGCAUUAAUGUUGUGCCGAGACUUAAGAUUACAAACAAUAAUCAAAAUCAAACAACAAAUGGUGAGAUGUAUAGUGAAGUUAAUACCGGGGAUACGGAGGACACCGGCACUCAAUACCCAGUCUCCACCACCACUCCGACCAACACAAGUGGCACUCAAUCGUCAUUCCUAUCUUCAAAACCAAUAUAUGAAACACUGGACGAGAUGUUGGUUCGAGUCAAUGAUUUAUUCGACAAAAAGCCCAUCAAUGGCCGUGUACUAUCUGUCGAGACGGUGCCCAUACCGGUCGAGUGUAACAACUUUUCGGUGGACACCGAGCAGUCCUACUGGUCGGACGAGUGCCAGAAAAAUAACAACUCGGUGUUUAUUUUGCGCAUAUAUUUUGAAUACGGAAACACCGCUCGGGAACGGCUGGAGAUCAUUGAUUUCAUACCCCGGGUCCAGAUAUGGGACGCACCGCUCGCUGUGCCCAUCUAUGAGUCCUUUUCCAGGGGGCACCGGUAG